UCAAUAUUUCUGCGGCUGUUUACUUCUUGUUUACAAAUAACUUUUUGAUUAUUACUAAAAUUUUGUUUAAUUAAAUAAAAAAAGUAUUAAGUGAAAGUGAAUAUAAAAGUGCUUUUUAUAUUUUAGGUUGAAACACUAACUUUAAACUGCAAUCAUGACUGAUUACUGGAAGUCAAACGAAAAGAAGUACUGCGAUUUUUGCAAAUGCUGGUUAAGUGACAAUAAGGCGAGUAUAGCUUUUCAUGAGAGCGGCAAAAGACACAAGGCCAGCGUGGCCCAGCGCAUCACUGACAUUAGUCGGAGUAGCGAAAAGUCUGAAAAAGAACGUCAGAAAAUGGAUAUGCAAAUCCGAAAAAUGGAAGAAGCCGCCUUGAGGUCUUAUGCCAUGGAUAUCCAUUCAAAAGGUGACAUGACGGCAAGGUCUGUUUCUUCUGUGAUGAGUGUGUCUGGUGCAUCGAGCAGUCAUGGCAGUGGAGGUAGCAGAGUUGCCAGAGGAGCAGGUCAAGUCGAUCCCAUGAGAUUGCCCGGUAGCUCAGAUGAAGAAGAUGGCCACAUUCGACCAACGGUUGAUAAAGUUGCUGCCCCAGAGACUGUUCCGAAUGCUUCGCUUUGGGUGCAGGCCAAGUCUGAGGAAGGUCAUACGUACUAUUGGAAUGUGAAGACAAAUGAAUCUGUUUGGAAGGAGCCCAAAGAGGGCUAUCUUUCGCUUGAAGAGUACAAUAAGAUAAAUCAAAUAGCUGAGGCACAACAAGAGAUUCAGUUUCAACAACAAGCUAAAGACUUUCAGAAGAAUGCUCCUGAAGAAGUCGCAAAAUAUAAUCGUGAGCGACUGAAAAUGUAUCGUCGACAAGAUCCCAAGGAAGAGACCGCGAAAGAGGAAAAAAGACAAGCAUUCAAGACGGAAGAAGAGUCCUACACUCCAGAUAUUGGAGCCUGGGUCACUGUUGAGAAAAAACCUGAAGAAAAACCAAUAAAUUGGGAGCUGCCAGCUUCGAACAACUAUUAUGUACCUCCAGUAGUGUCAGAAAUACCCUAUGAGCCUCCUGUAAAACGAUUCAAAGAAAAGACUAUUGAAAGUCUUGAUCCAAGUGUAGCAAUAGGCCUACCUACACAGUUUAAAAAACGGAAAUUCGCUGCCAAAGGAAACGCUCGCCAACGGUUAGCUGAUGAUUAAAGUACAAUUAUUACCGUAUGAAAUAUUUUAAAUAAAUAGACAAUCGAAAUAA